AUGGAUGGCCCGCACGGCGCCAUCCUGCCAGGCCUCCGCCAGCCGCCCACGCCGCCGCGCGCGCGGCCCGCAGUGCGGUCGGAGGAUGCAGCAGCGGGGGCGCGCGGCGCCUUUCCGCAGCCGCGUCACCCGGACAGGGACGACCUCUGGCAGAGCCAGCUCGCUGAGAACAAGAUGCCUGGAGGCGCGCGGAGGAGCUAUGGGGUCGAGGAGGCGUACCCCUCGUGGUCGUUCGGGCACAUGGUCGGCCUGGUGGGCCAGGGCGCUGGCGCCCCCGCGGCCGCGGCUCCACCCGCGGAGGCCGCGGCGAGCGGCAGCCGGGCGCGCUGCGACAAGUGCGACGGGGCGCACGAGACGGAGAGGUGUCCCCACUUCAAGUGCGCGCGCGACCAGCACCCGGACGACGCCUGGCAGCAGUACUCCGGGGCCCCGCCGGACAGGGCCCAGGCCAGCCGCCAGUGCGGCGCGCCGAGGGCGCUGCCGCGCCACGCGGCGAGCGUCGUGCGCAUGCCGGGGGACGGGUCCUGCCUCUUCCACUCGGUGGCCUUCGGCCUGCGGGCGGCUGGCUACCAGGAGGACGGGCGCUCCGUGCGGGCGAGGGCCGCGAACUUCAUACGCGGGUCUCGCAGAACCCGGAGUUUCAGAUCUCUGGGACGCCGCUGCGGGACUGGAUCCACUGGGACUCGCAGGCGACUGUGCGGGAAUACGCGUACCGUCUCUCGGCCGGCGGACUCUGGGGCGGGGCCAUCGAGAUGGCCGCCUGCGCCAAGAUUUUUGCGGUCGACGUUGCGGUCUACGAGGAGGAUUAUCGCGGCUUCCGCCGCAUCUCGGACUUCCUGA